GCGAGCAGGGAGGAGGACGAAGACGACGACGAGGAGAACGAAGGGCUUCGGCUGCCGGGAGGCAAGGAGGCUCAGCGCAUCCUCCUCCGCCUGGGCCCCGGGGAGGCCGGCUCCCCGCCCCCGCGCGCACGUAGGCGACCGACGGGCUUCCUCCCUCCCGGCUGGCCCCCCCCCCGCGGCCCCUGCCUCGCAGCAGCCUUCCGGCCCGAGCGGCCGCCUUUGGCCAGGAAGGGUCGCGCCAUGCCCGCGGCGCCGCCGCCGCCCCCGCUGCCCGCCCCGGCGCACCCUCCGGGCGGCGCCCCCCGGCCCGGCCCCGGACACCGAGGAGGCCUUGACCAUUCUUUCAAGUAUCUGAGCUCCAGAAUAACGGAGAGGCGGCUCCAGAGCUCCUGCGGGCCCGUGGGUCGAGGCGGCCACUGUGGAAAGGCGGCGGGGCCGGCCCAGAGGGCCGUGUGCCCCGUGUUCAGCCCCCACGGGGGCUUCCACCAGGGUCCGCCCGAGAACGGGGCCUCGAAGCCCAGGGUGGUGACGGUGGUGAAGGCCGGGGGCCAGCCCCUCAGGAAGAUCACCCUGCUGCUCAACAGGAGGUCGGUGCAGACGUUCGAGCAGCUGCUGGCCGACAUCUCGGAGGCCCUGGGCUUCCCGCGCUGGAAGAACGACCGGGUCCGGAAGCUGUACAGCCUCAAGGGCAAGGAGGUCAAGAGCGUGUCCGACUUCUUCCGCGAGGGAGACGCCUUUAUCGCCAUGGGGAGGGAGCCGCUGACGCUCAAGAGCAUCCAGACGGCCAUGGAGGAGCUGGCGGCGGCCAAGCCCCGCGCGCCGGCGCUGCCCCAGCACGGCUGGCCGCCCGCGCCGCCCAAGGGCGGGCUCUGCGGCAAGGCCCUGAAGGCCGAGCGGCCCCCCGGGGAGGGGGAGGGCGCCGAGGCCCAGGGGAAGGCCGCGGGCCCCGAGGAGCGGCCGCGGCCCCAGCACAAGCGGCCGCCCGAGCAGCACGCGAAGCCGAGGCCGGCCCAGGACGGGGGCGUCUCCGGCGGCGGCGAGAAGCACCGGGACAGCCCGCUGGAGAAGAGCUCCGGGGAGAUCGUCCGGUGCGAGAAGUGCAGGCAGGAGAGGGCCCUCCGCGGGGGCCGCCCGCGGCCGCCCGAGCUCUCCCUGGGCAGCAGCGAGCUGGACCUGGCCCGGGCGCCCAGGCGCGACCCCGGGAGGCUGGUGAGGAUGCGCAGCUGCAGGGGGCCCCUGCGCGGGCCCGCCCCGGCCGGGGAGGAGGUGCGGUGGAAGGGCGAGGGCUGGCGCGGCCGGCCCCGCACGCCCAGCCCGGAGAGGCCCGGGAAGGCCUCGGAGAAGCGCGAGCGCAGGGACGCGGACGGCCACGAGCAUCCCGAGCCGCCGGCGGCCAGGGGCAGACGCGACGGCGGGGAAGCUCCGGGCCUCCCGGAGGGGGCGCUCAGGGAGCCCAGGAGGGGCCCCAGGAGCGUCCCCAGGGCCGGGCAGAGCGGCUGGCUGCUGCGCGAGCGGGCGCAGGGGCCCCCGAGGAGCCCCGAGGAGGCGGCCCGGGAAGCCCGGGAUCCCAGGGGCUGCCCCGCCGACGAGCCCAAGGCCCGCGCCGCCGGCAAGAAGCCCCGGCUGGCCGAGGCCGGCAAGGCCGACGUGGCCGCGCACUACGAGGUGGGCAAGGUCAUCGGCGACGGCAACUUCGCGGUGGUGAAGGAGUGCCGGCACCUGGGCAGCCGGCGCGCCUACGCCAUGAAGAUCGUGGACAAGGGCAAGCUGCGGGGCAAGGAGGACGUGGUGGACAGCGAGAUCGCCAUCAUCCGCAGCCUCUCGCACCCCAACAUCGUCCGGCUGCACGAGGUCUACGAGACGGCCGCCGAGAUCUACCUGAUCCUGGAGUACGUCCGCGACGGGGACCUCUUCGACGCCAUCGUGGAGAAUGUGAAGUUCAGCGAGCGGGAGGCGGCCGGCAUGAUCACCGACCUGUGCCGGGCCCUGGUGCACAUGCACGAGCACCGCAUCGUGCACCGGGACCUCAAGCCCGAGAACCUCCUGGGGCAGGAGCCGCCCCUCGCGGCCUCGGGGAAGCCCUGCUGGCUGGAGGAGGUCAAAGAGGCCGUAGAAGUGGUUCAGGAGGCGGGGGUGGUCGGGGAGGCAGGAACCAGAAAUGCUGCCAAUCGGCCUGGGACCCGGCGUUCCCGAGCCUCGCUCUCCUCCUGCAGGGCCAGACAGGGGUACGGGCUGGAGGUGGACAUGUGGGCAGCCGGCGUGAUCCUCUACAUCCUGCUGUGUGGCUUCCCUCCCUUCCGCAGCCAAGACAGAGACCAGGAGGAGCUCUUCGCUAUCAUUCAGCGCGGACACUUUGACUUCCUCAGCCCGUACUGGGACAACAUCUCAGAGGGUGCCAAGGACCUGGUUCGCCAGCUGCUGGUGGUGGACCCCAAGAAGCGCUACACGGCCCACCAAGUUCUCGAGCACCCGUGGAUCAAGGCCGGCGGGAGGGCGAGCCCUGUCAGCCCACAGAGCGAAACCACAGCUGCCAGCGAGCUCCCCGCCCGGAGCCAGGGCAAGGGCCUCCCGGAAAGGGGCCCGGGGAGGGAGGGGCCUGCUCUGUGUCUAUGAGCAGCCUCCAGGCCGGGCUCCUAGGGAAGCACCUGAGGCAGAGAUGGAUGGGAGUCGGGGCGUGGGGUGGAGUGGGGAGAGAGACCACCAACCAAAAUACCAUGACAGAAAAAGGAAGGGGGAAGAAAGAGGGAGAGAAAGGAGAGCCAGAGAUAGAGAGAGAGAGAGACAGAUAGAGACAGAGAGACAGAGAUAAAGAGAGAAGAUAGAUAGAUACA